AUUCUGUCGAUCGUCAAAUUUCUCCACAUUUGCUUCGUGAUGGGUUUCCAUCCUGGCUCUCUUACAUAGCAGCCCUGGUCUAUUUAGAACUUGGAUCUGCUACAGGUACUGCACUAACCCUGGGGCUUCUAGUAGUUCUAGACUUCAUUUCCGAAAUGCCUAGGUACCUAGGUAAGGACUCCAACUGUCAGAUGUCUUCAUUUCUACCCGUUUCGGAACCCGUCUCCGGUCACCGUCCUUCUUGACUAGGCUACGGACCUGCAUUUUUCUCCACAACGUCACGAUGAUGGCCGAAAACUGAGAUCGGACUAUGUUACCUAGGUUGUUGUUUCUUUCUACCCCGUUCCUUUCUAUUCACCAUCUCCUCUAACCAAUCUCUCAAUCUACUCUGUUACUAUAUCUCAUACUGCUCUAAUCUCAGAUUGUUGGGUACACAGACGAUAGAAUAACGCCUCAGCCAUUCUGGCUUGAGCAGCAUCUAAUCUGAGGGGUAAUGAGUCCGUGUGGGGGGUAUUACGACAAGCUACGAGACACGAUAUGAAAUAUGAAGGAAUCAUAGUAUAGCUUGUUGCUAGCUGGCGAUAUGUUGCUAUACACUAAAGUCGCGCCCCCGAAGGUGCCGAAGAGGCGUUCUCGAGCAGGUUGCACCUUUUGCAAAGAGAAAAAGAAGAAAUGCGAUGAGAAACUACCGCGAUGUGCACGAUGCAUCGAAAAGGAUCUUCAAUGCACUUACGAGGCAGUGAGACCGCGCCAACGGAGAAAGAAGAAUCCUUCGCAUUCUGGAUUUACACAAGAUUACGGGAGGGCGCGCGAACCUAUCCCAGAUGAUGAUCAGUGGCAAGAGGCUACGGCUGAUGGUGUUUCCGAGUCUGAUUGCCUCAGUCCUAUAGAUACCAAGUUUAACGACAUGUCUCCAAUGAGCUUUAGUGAAAGUGCGCUAUCCCCAGUCGAUGUCAGCCCUACGGCUUACGAAUACGACGGUGCAGAUAAUGGGGAUCAAGUACAGGAGGUGGUGCGGAGGAAUUCAAGCAUCAAUGUGGUCUCCCAGGCGCGAUCUCUGCAGCCAGACCUCGCUAUGAUUGCUCCUUGCCCCGUCGGCUCCCCAACGCUCGAAUUUGUCCUGCCAGUAUUCUCAGAGUUUUCGGAUCGUCCCAAUCGGCGCGCCCUGGUCGACCACUUCUGCAAUGUUCUGUCACACUUGAUAGUCUUCCGGGAGGAGUCCGGUAAUCCGUUCCAACAGUUGGUCUUGCCGCUCUCCUCUAAAAGCGCCCCUAUUAUGAAUGCCGUAUACGCACUAGCAAGCGCCCACUUGGAGUACCGCGGGAUUUCAACACCAGAAAAGUCGCUAUACUUUCACAAUCGAGCUAUUCAAGGUUUGGCUAGGUUAAUUGAGCAGGAAGGGAAGGUUGAUAAGACUGAACUCCUUGCGGCCAUCAUGCUAUUAGUGUACUACGAAGUACUUGUCCAGCGUGGGCGGACAAGUAUAGUAGACGGACAUCUCAAGGGAGCCCUGACUAUCAUGUCUUCUUCCCAAGAAGAGUCCACACCCGCCGGCCUCUUCUUGGAACGUGCUUUCCGAUUCUACGAUGUUAUUACGGCCCUCUCUUUAGGAUCGGCCCCUCUUUCAACGGCUCCAGCUGCUGGCUGUCUUGUACCAUUUCCUCCCUUGGACGCUCCAGCGGUGUCUCCUCUCAGCAACGUCGAUAGCUUACUUGGAAUGGCUACUACCCUGUGGCCUAUUAUGCAUCGGCUAUCUAACCUGCUCUCUCUCAAGAACGAUAUCGAAAAAGCAUGCCAAGAAAAUCAAACCUCCAAAAGCGCUGUCCUCAGAAUGGAGUUUGAAACUACUUCGCAGGCUAUCGAGACCGCUCUGACGCAAUGGGAACCAUUUCUCCCCCCAAAUGUCAUUAUUGAGAAUGGAGUGCUGAGAGGCUCUGGCGGUCGAGAAGAGAUUCCAGAGCAACAACGCCUCCAAUCCACCCUGCACAACUCCCUAGCCUACCGUCAUAGCGCAUUUGUAUAUCUUUAUCGUACUAUAUAUGGGUACUCGCCACGUCGUGAGGUGGUACAAAAGCAUGCCCACGUGGCACUCAUACAUUGCGUUGGAACAGUCACUCAUCGAGGACCUAUGGGGGCGUUGUUGUGGCCUUUGUUUGUAGCCGCGUGCGAGGCGGUAAGCGCAGAAGACAGGGCACUCGCCCAGGAGGCGUUUGUCGGGAUUGAUCAGCGCCAAGGUAUGACCAACAUAGGCCAGGCUUGGAAUAUCGUCCAAGAAGUCUGGAAAAGGUUGGAUGAUAUAAACGACGAUUCCUCUGGACUUUAUGGUUCCGAUUUAUGGAGGCAGAUUAGCGCCGAGAUGGGAGUCAGUAUCGUUUUUGGCUGACAUCGGAGCCUGUCAAACAUUCGAGAUAGGGUUGUAACGGCGUCGCGAGGUAUGGGCGCCAUUGAUCGAUUACUAUCAAGCUAACCCCGUCCCCUUGCCGGGGGCGACUUGUUAAUUCAUUCUAUCAAAUUGAUGGAUGAACAGAGGCACACUCUUCAAACAUCGUAACCAGCCGAACGCUUAGAAAUGGACAGUGCCCUCACCUGCCUAUACAUGGCCUCGCUGUAGCUUGUGAUACUGUUUCUUAGGAAUAUAGGGACAAAUCACUGAAUACUUCAAAGUGGCUAGAUGCAGACGACCAUACGGAUUCGUGUAACCAACACCCUGCACUAAUCGAGCGAGAGAGGGAGGAGACGAGGAAGGUACUUUAAUGGCUUGACACCCUUGGGACUGAUACGGGUAUAGCACCGGCUUUUAGAAAAGACAAGGAGCUUGGGAGUUGAUGUAGGGAU